ACUCACCGAAGCCUUCUAGGGUUUAGAGCUCAGAGGAGCGAUUUGUGUGGAAUUUCAACCUCUUCGGAGUGGGUGGCAUAGAUUGGGAGGAAAGUCCCCACGAGGCGCCAUUUGGGCUUGUUGUUCUGUGGUUUGUUUUGUCAGAGUGGUUUGCUGCGGCGGCACCUAGAGACACAAGUAGCUAUGGCGAACGAGGGUUUAAAUUUGAGGAAGGGAAGUCUCGUUUCAACGGGGGAUUUCUUCAAGUCCCGGGAUGAAUACCGCAAGCACCCAAUUCUCAACGGUCAUUUGAGGAGGGCUACCCCUGGCCUAGGCAUUGCUUUGGGUCUGUUUGGUGUUUAUCUCAUUGUGGAUGGCAUUGCAUCGAGAUUUUCUGCUCCAAAGAAGGAACAUCAUUGAGGUCAAUGAAAUUUUACAAAGUUACCCCUGACAAUGUCCCUACCAAGUGAUUCUUACUUCUACAAUUCAAGUCUUCUCACACUGGCAGUCGCGCAUGUUGCAGGCGGCUAGGAGCUGAAUGGCUUGCGAAACUUGGGAGUAGUUAUUCAUCAAAAUUGUACUUUUCAAAAGGAGUAGAGUUAGAGAGAGCUUUGAAAAAAGAAUAAUGUUCAUGUUCAGUAAUCUUUGGUUUGAAGUCUGUUAUUGAUUCUGAAAGAAGUGAUUUCUCUCGGUUGCCAGCUUUGUUUGAGUCUUCACGAAGCCAAAUGCUCUCAGUUCUUCAAUUUCUUUGCAAUAGAUGGAAACCAGCCCGUUUCUUCGCAACAGGUUCUGUGAAAGUGCCAUGCUUUUUGAGUUACGGUAACGUUCACAGAUCUCUGUCGAAGUAAGCCUGUGGUGGAGUUCUAAGGUGGAAAAGCACUCCGGGACGUCACAUCCAGAGGCAUGAAUGCUGCAUCACAGUGUAUACAGGUGAUGAGUUUAGGGCUUGAACCGUAACUGUAAUGUGCACUCGGUCUUCAUAUACCUAUCUGAUUCUUGACCUGUUGACGAGGAUUUUUUAAACGUGUCCUGCAACUCAGCAGUCCAUGUGUUGAGCCGUUUCAAUCUGACCCAGCUCACAAAAACGGUGAUUGUACCUCAGUUUAUCACCAGCUUCAAACAGUGAACUCAUCUCUCCGGCCGAUUAUCACUGGAUUGCUACCUUAUAAAAAAUGACGAAGAGUAUAUUAUCGUUCAACAAUUAUUUGCACAGAGGAGUCAUGAAAGUGAGAAAACCAUCCAAAGACACACGGUCAUCGUGCGUUGAAAAACUGAAAGGAAUGGCCUUUACAAGGUGGUGUGCUGAGGUACCCUGCCAUGUCAGCCUCAAUUUUUCUAAUGGUCAUGUGGCUUCCAUGAUUGUGCCUUCGUUGUA